AUGGAGUUCGUGAAGUGCUUGGGGCGCCCCGAGGAGUUCUACAACCUAUUGCGCUUCCAGAUGGGGGGCCGGCGGAAGGUGAUACCCAAGAUGGACCAGGAUUCGCUCAGCAGCAGCUUGAAAACUUGCUACAAGUAUCUCAAUCAGACUAGUCGCAGUUUCGCAGCUGUCAUCGAGGCGCUGGAUGGGGAAAUGCGCCAUGCGGUAUGCAUAUUUUAUCUGGUCCUCCGGGCUCUGGACACUCUGGAAGAUGACAUGACCAUCAGUGUAGAAAAAAAGGUCCCACUGUUGCACAACUUCCACUCUUACCUUUAUGAACCAGACUGGCGGUAUAUGGAGAGCAAGGAGAAGGAUCGACAAGUGCUAGAGGACUUCCCAACGAUCUCCCUCGAGUUUAGAAAUCUGGCUGAGAAAUAUCAAACGGUGAUUGUUGACAUUUGCCGGAAAAUGGGAUUUGGGAUGGCGGAGUUUUUGGAUAAACACGUGACAUCCGAACAGGAGUGGGACAAGUACUGUCACUAUGUCGCCGGGCUGGUGGGAAUUGGCCUUUCCCGUCUGUUCUCAGCCUCAGAGUUAGAGGACCCCCUAGUUGGUGAAGAUGUAGAACGUGCCAAUUCUAUGGGCCUGUUUCUGCAGAAAACAAACAUCAUUCGUGAUUAUCUGGAAGACCAACGAGAAGGAAGAGAGUUUUGGCCUCAAGAGGUUUGGAGCAAGUAUGUUAAGAAGUUGGGUGAUUUUGCUAAGCCACAGAAUAUUGACUCGGCUGUGCAGUGCCUGAACGAACUUAUAACCAACGCACUACACCACAUCCCAGAUGUCAUCACUUACCUUUCAAGACUUAGAAACCAAAGUGUGUUUAACUUCUGUGCUAUUCCACAGGUAAUGGCCAUUGCCACUUUGGCUGCCUGUUACAAUAACCAGCAGGUGUUCAAAGGCGUAGUGAAGAUCCGAAAAGGACAAGCAGUAACUCUAAUGAUGGAUGCCACCAAUAUGCCAGCUGUCAAAGCUAUAAUAUACCAGUAUAUGGAAGAGAUUUAUCAUAGAAUUCCCAGCUCAGACCCAUCUUCUAGUAAAACAAGACAGAUCAUCUCCACCAUCAGGACACAGAAUCUUCCCAAUUGUCAGCUGAUCUCCCGAAGUCACUACUCCCCUAUUUACCUGUCAUUUGUCAUGCUCUUGGCUGCCCUGAGCUGGCAGUAUCUGAGCACCCUGUCCCAGGUCACAGAAGACUAUGUUCAGACUGGAGAGCACUGAUUGGUUGAUUUGAAUGUGGCAGAUGUCAGUGUUUGU